AAGAUAAAUAACAAUCAUUAUAUAGAAUAAAAACUUAAACAUAGGAUGAAAAGUCAGAACCUUCCUAAAAUUACUAAUAAGUAAUUACUAAAUUUGUCGUUUUGUUAACAUAAGUUCAACGAACGCGUAUCUUACGAUACUGUUACUUUGAUGUUUAUAGAAGGUGUUUACAUGUUAAAAAUUUAGUAUAUUUUUUAUCGAUAAGUAGUGCAUAAAAUUCAAGUUAGAGAAUCCAAAAUGCAACUGAAUUAAAGAAGACUAGGAAUUUUUGAAAGAGUUUUCAAUUCUGUAAUACGAAGAUGUCAAGCGAGUGUAGAAAUGCAUAAAAGUCAUACAGAACACCUUUUGUAAAUAUUACAGUAAUAAUAAUGAUGAUGAUGAUGAUGAUGAUGAUGAUAUGAUAAGAUACUCGUUCAUUAAACCUGUGUUACCAAAACCGAAAAACAUUUGUGAUUCUGAAAGUAUUAAUUCCUCGAUCUGUUUGUAUGUUUUCUAAAUAUUUUUUACUCAAUAUAAUGCUAUUUACCCCAUAAGUCAUGAACCUUUUUUAAACUUGUAUAAUGUAAAUAUAGAAUCUUAUAUAAUGUAAAUAUGAACAGGAUGUGUUAAAUCAUGAUGGCAAUUUGAUUCGCAGGUGUUGCCAUUUUUGCUCCGUCGAAACAAGGAAGAUGUGCUACAAGAUCUGCCACCGAAAAUCACGCAGGAUUAUUAUUGCGAUUUGUCGCCCCUGCAGCGUAUAUUAUACGAGGAUUCCCGCACACGGCAUUCAGCUGCAUUAAUGUCCAAUACAUCUACCUCCUCGUCCUCGAACGAUUCUCAGAACAACAGUCAUGUGUUUGAGGCGCUGCGAUAUUUACGUAACGUGUGUAAUCAUCCUAAAUUGGUACUCAACUCACGGCAUCCAUUAUACCAAACGGUAUGCAAUAUGAUGAAGCAACAGCAAAAUACUCUAGCAGACAUUGAGCAUGGUGCGAAGCUACCUGCUCUCAAGCAGUUGUUGUUGGAUUGCGGCAUCGGACAACAAAACCAGCAAGCUCGCGGCAGCUCGUCGACUACGAGUACGGAUAGUACACAGCAACAGCAGUUGGUUAGCCAGCAUCGCGCUCUAAUCUUCUGCCAGUUGAAAGCGAUGUUGGAUAUAGUAGAGAAAGAUCUGUUACGUAUGCAUCUACCGACAGUAACGUAUCUGCGUCUCGACGGGAGCAUACCCGCGGCACAGCGACAUUCCGUCGUGGCACGUUUCAACGCCGAUCCGUCGAUCGACGUCCUGUUAUUGACCACUCAGGUUGGCGGUCUCGGUCUCAACUUAACUGGCGCAGAUACUGUUAUAUUCGUGGAGCACGACUGGAACCCGAUGAAGGAUCUGCAAGCGAUGGACCGCGCGCAUCGUAUAGGCCAGAAAAAAGUGGUGAAUGUCUAUCGUCUGAUUACCAGAUCUACAGUGGAGGAAAAGAUCAUGGGAUUGCAGAAGUUUAAACUUCUCACCGCAAAUACAGUAAUAUCAACGGAAAACGCUUCACUGGACACGAUGGGCACCGAUCAGUUGUUAGACUUAUUUACGUUGGAUAACGACAAAGACAAGAGAUCGGCUCAACAUGAAGACACCGCAGCAGGUCUACCAGGCGUCAGUCGCUCUAUGCUGGAUAUCCUACCUGAACUUUGGGGACAACAGCAAUAUGACGAUGAAUACGAUCUCGACUCAUUUUUGUCUACUCUGAAGGCUGAUAGCCAGUAAGCUUGUACCUCGAAAAUUUGUUCAGCGACAUGUGUGUAAAUUAGAGUUCAGUACAAUUGUCGCGUAUGUUGUAGUCCAAAAUUCGAUACAUAAUAUCAAGCGAAGUAGACAGGGUGACGGUAAAAUUUAGAAAUUGGAAGCAGUUAGUAACGUCAGACUGAAACUUAAUUUUAGGUGACAUCGAUAUAAUUGUUAUCGGUAUAACCUACAGAAUGUCCCGAACUUUUAUGACUAAACUUUGAAACGUAAUAAUGCAUGUUUGAUCCUGUAUCUAAUUAGAUAUAAACCCAAUUGAACAACUGCAAUAACGAGUUAUGUAAAUAUGUGAAGUGAAUAAAUGAUUUUUUUAUAAGGGCGAUGUGAUGUUAAUAAAAUAUUUGCAUGUAGAAUUAACAGACAUGAUAUUGACUGAAAAAAAGAGAAGUAAAAAGAAAAAAUAAAUGAGCAGUACAAAACAGUGUUUGAAUUAUACGAACGUAAUCCACACGUUGAUACGUAUGGAUUAUUCAUCUUUUUAAUUUUUUUUGUUUUUUUUUUUUUUUUAUGUAACUUCAAUCGUUCCAAUUUCUAGACUAAUUUACUGCCACUCGUACUUUCAACAACUGUAAGAGUCGAAUUUGAUUAAUUCUUGUUUGCGCAUGAUGCAUUGACGCCUCAGGCUUGGCAAUGAGCUGUUGAAUAUGAUGACACAUUGCAGUGACCAAAAGCAAUCAUUCUCGUGUAAUUUAAAUAUAAAAAGCUACGUCUGAUUAAAAUUUAACUCCGAUCUAGAUUGGACUGAUUCAGAUGUAUGCGUCCUCGUUACACGAAGCAAUGAGAAAAAAUAA